UGUUUGUUUUUCAGGUGGUAGAGAUAAACGUGGAGGUCCUAUUUUAACCUUUCCAGCUCGCAGCAAUCAUGAUAGAAUACGACAGGAGGAUCUGAGGAGACUCAUUUCAUACCUAGCCUGUAUUCCUAGUGAAGAAGUCUGUAAACGAGGAUUCACAGUUAUUGUGGACAUGCGUGGAUCCAAAUGGGACUCUAUUAAGCCCUCUACUGAAGAUUUUGCAAGAGUCCUUUCCUUGUUGUAUUCAUGUCUGCACUGAUAAUCAAGCCAGACAACUUUUGGCAGAAACAGAGGACUAACUUUGGCAGUUCUAAAUUUGAAUUUGAGACAAAUAUGGUCUCUUUAGAAGGCCUUACCAAAGUAGUUGAUCCUUCUCAGCUAACACCUGAAUUUGAGGGCUGCCUGGAAUAUAACCAUGAAGAAUGGAUAGAAAUCAGAGUGGCUUUUGAAGACUACAUUAGCAAUGCAACACACAUGUUAUCUAGGCUGGAAGAACUGCAGGACAUCCUAGCAAAGAAGGAGCUGCCUCAGGAUUUGGAAGGAGCUCGGAACAUGAUUGAGGAACAUUCUCAGCUAAAGAAGAAAGUUAUCAAGGCCCCCAUAGAGGACUUAGAUCUGGAGGGGCAGAAACUACUCCAGCGGAUACAGAGCAGCGAUAGCUUUCCCAAAAAGAACUCUGGGUCAGGGAAUGCAGACUUGCAGAAUCUCUUACCAAAGUGUCCACCCAUGUUGGAUAGACUGCACUCAACACGGCAGCAUCUGCAUCAGAUGUGGCAUGUGAGGAAGCUAAAACUGGACCAGUGCUUUCAGCUGAGGCUAUUUGAACAGGAUGCUGAAAAGAUGUUUGACUGGAUCAACACACAACAAAGGCCUGUUCUUAAACAGCUACACUGA